ACAAGAGACGCACGUGCCAUCCCACAUGCAUUGUUGAACGGUGCUGGUGUGCAAAUUCCGCUGACUCGUAACGGAGAGUUGACAGCAAAAUUUCAUCAUUUCCGCUUCAUCUUCUCUUCUCUCCGUCGGUGACGCACAUUCGAUUGCUCCCCAAAUUGUGCAGAUCUGCGGCGGAGCUACCAUUUAUUCUGAUCGAUCUUCUUCUUCGUCCACACACUGGAUCUGAGAUGCCGGUGGCUGCUUCCGCUAUAUACUUCCUCAACCUCCGCGGAGAUGUUCUCAUCAAUCGCCUCUAUCGAGACGAUGUCGGGGGAAAUAUGGUUGAUGCUUUUCGGACGCAUAUAAUGCAAACCAAAGAACUCGGUACCUGUCCUGUGAAGCAGAUUGGUGGCUGCUCUUUCUUUUACAUGAGGAUCAGCAAUGUCUACAUCGUCAUUGUUGUCAGCAGCAAUGCUAAUGUAGCUUGCGCUUUCAAGUUUGUUGUUGAGGCUGUUGCACUUUUCAAAUCAUAUUUUGGCGGCUCUUUUGAUGAGGAUGCAAUCCGCAAUAAUUUUGUACUCAUUUAUGAGCUUCUAGAUGAAAUCAUGGACUUUGGCUAUCCUCAAAAUCUUUCACCGGAGAUCUUAAAGCUUUAUAUCACUCAGGAAGGAGUCCGUUCCCCAUUUUCAUCAAAGCCCGCAGAUAGACCUGUUCCGAAUGCGACUUUACAAGUUACUGGUGCUGUUGGUUGGCGGAGAGAAGGCCUUGCGUACAAAAAGAAUGAGGUCUUCCUAGAUAUCGUGGAAAGUGUAAAUCUUCUUAUGUCUUCAAAAGGUGUCGUUCUGCGUUGUGAUGUGACGGGGAAGAUUCUUAUGAAGUGCUUUCUUUCUGGAAUGCCUGAUUUGAAGUUGGGUUUGAAUGAUAAGAUUGGUCUUGAGAAAGAGUCACAGAUUAAAUCCCGUCCUACAAAAAGUGGUAAAACUAUUGAGCUUGAUGAUGUCACUUUCCAUCAAUGUGUAAAUUUGACGAGGUUCAACUCAGAGAAAACUGUUAGUUUUGUGCCACCUGAUGGUGAAUUUGAACUAAUGAAGUAUCGUAUCACUGAAGGUGUUAAUCUUCCCUUCAAAGUUUUGCCUACCAUCAAGGAACUAGGCCGAACACGGAUGGAAGUAAAUGUUAAGGUAAAGAGUGUCUUUGGUGCAAAGAUGUUUGCACUAGGGGUUGUUGUCAAAAUUCCUGUGCCAAAACAAACAGCAAAAACGAAUUUCACAGUCACAUCUGGCCGUGCGAAAUAUAAUGCAUCUAUUGAUUGUUUGGUUUGGAAGAUAAGAAAAUUUCCUGGGCAAACUGAGCCUACCUUGAGUGCAGAAGUUGAGCUUAUUUCCACGAUGACAGAAAAGAAAUCUUGGACUAGGCCACCAAUUCAGAUGGAGUUUCAGGUUCCCAUGUUCACGGCAUCUGGUUUACGUGUUCGUUUCCUGAAGGUCUGGGAGAAGAGCGGAUACAACACCGUGGAGUGGGUUCGUUAUAUUACAAAAGCAGGAUCAUAUGAGAUUAGGUGCUAGACACACAUUGGUAUUGCUGGUUUCAAGUGACAGAGAUUCAUUGAUGGAGAUUGAAGCGACCCUAAAUAAUUAAAGGCGCAGUUCCAUCUAGUUAUCCAGGUUCUGCAGAGUUUCUUAUUAUGGUUGAGGCGUCUUUCCUCUCAUAGUGUGUUGUCAAAACGAUUGUGCUUGUGAAAUAUCAGUUCAAUAUUUUUUUGUUUCCAUAGCCAGUUUGUUAAUGGAAACUUAAAUUCAUUUUCUGUCUCCCUUGUACUGUACACUUGUAUUUUGUUUUAAUGAUUAUGUUUAUUGAGUUAUGCAUUCUGUAA